AAAGAAAAAAAAAUCUCCGCAGACGCGCAUCUCUAUAGACUUUUGACAGAGAAGAGAACCUCUAAGAUCGGAAUCCAUGGAAUCGCUCAAAGGAAAAGGGAAAGGAUCGAGGGGAGCUUUGGAGCUCCUCAAGGAAUGGACCAAUUGGUCUCUGAAGAAGGCCAAAGUCGCGACUCACUACGGCUUCAUCCCUCUCAUCAUCGUCAUCGGCAUGAACUCCGAUCCUAAGCCACAUCUCUUCCAACUCCUUAGCCCUGUCUGAUCCUCCUGUUUCACCAUCAUCAUCUUCGUCAAAACCAGAUCAAUCAAUCCUGUCCGAUCUUCUCGUUAGAUCUUCUUUAUGUUCAGUAACUAAGUUUUCAAAUGCUUUCUCUAUGGUUCUUGUCUGUAUGGAAUCAGUUAGCUUAUGAUAAUGUUCAUUUAGCAAGAACCAGUAAUGCUUUUGAUUAAGAAUUGAAAGUUUAUUUAUGUUGUUUCUCA